GCGGGUUGUUUGUUGUUUGUAUAAGAGUGUAUGGGUUCUUUUGAAUAAAUAAAUCAAUAAAUAAAGAGCAUUCCCUGAUCCCUUUGCUCCAUCUUCCCGCCUUUUUGUCAAUACUUCCUCUUCGGGCAGCAAGCAGUUUUUCUUCACGGCAGGGACCUCGCACGACCACGAUCCAAAGCUGGGUGCAUAGGCAACACUAACCAAGGAGGAUAUUCAAACAAGAAGAGCAUCAAAAUGCGCAGCCUCGCCCUCUCCCUCGCCCUGCUCGCGGGCUCAUCUGCCGUCACCGCAGCCUCUGCACCAACAUGCGCCAAGGGCCUGUACAUGGUCGUUGCCCGCGGCAGUGAAGAGGCCCCCGGAACUGGUGUCACCGGCAAUCUCACCAGCCAGAUCGCCGCCAAGGUGCCCGGCAGCCAGGUUGCCGCCGUCGACUAUCCCGCCACGCUGGACGACUACGAGAGCUCCGAGGGCAAGGGCGUGCAGGCCAUGCAGAAGCUGCUGGGUGCCUAUGGCCAGGCCUGUCCGGACAGCAAGAUUGCCAUCCUGGGCUACUCACAGGGUGCCCAAGUCUCGUCGGAUUCCGUUUGCGGUGGUGCUGGCAACCCAUUCAUCGACGACAAGGCCCUGUCGACGAGCGUUAUGGACAAUGUCGUCGCCGUUGCCAUCUUCGGAGAUCCAACCCACGUCGCCAACAUAACGUACGACCGCGGCACCAGCGUGCACAACGGCAUCUUCAACCGCACCGACGCCAGCCUCGACGUCUGCAAGUCCUACGCCAGCCGCAUCAUCUCCUACUGCGACACCGGCGACAUCUACUGCGACAGCGGCAGCAACGCCACCGUCCACCACCUGUACAUUGACCGCUACGGCGACGAUAUUGUUGACUUUGUCGUCAGCCAGUACCAAAAGGCCGCGGGCUCCUCCAACUCUAGCUCCAGCUCUACUUCCACCGCGCCUCCCGCCACUUCCGCCACUGCUACUCCCACCAGCGGUGGAAGCGGUGGCCGCCCCAACAGCACCACCAGCAGCCCUACCAAGUCUGCCUCUGCGUCAACGAGCCCUCAUUCAGCUGCCAAUGCUCUGACUCCUGCGACAGGCAGUCUGAUCUUUGGAGCGGGUCUGCUGGCUGUUUUGUCUCAGAUGCUGUAAACGACGCGAUGCUGUGAAUAACAUGGUAUACAAGUACAUGUAGUAAUUCGGAGUAAUUUUCCCGUGGCAUGGGAGCUGUUUUUGGCGCAUUUGGAUAAAGUAUAUAGGCUAUAGCCAAUAAUGAUGACGAGACAUUUGAAAGCCUGUGUGAUACAA